ACUCCUCGAGUCAUUGACAGCCAUUCAAAAUGCAAUGGACAGUAUGUAUACAAUGACUUGGAGGGGGGCAUUUCCCGUAUACUGUGUCAAAAUGAUGCUUUCAGGCGACAACACAGUACGGUCAGUUUGGAUGUCAACAUUGAUGGACUACCAAUCUUUAAAAGUAGCAAAAUCCAGUUCUGGCCAAUACUGGUGAAAUUUAACAAUUUCAAUCCAUUUAUUGUGGCAUUAUACUGUGGGGAAAGCAAGCCUGAGCCCCUUGAUGAGUAUCUCCAUGACUUUUUGGAGGAGUUCAAUAAUCUCCAACAGAAUGGCCUGGUGAUUCGUGACAAAAAGUAUGCAGUAAAUAUUCAUACCUUUGUUUGUGAUGCACCAGCAAGAGCAUAUUUAAAAUGCAUUAAAGGUCAUACUGCAUAUGACAGUUGUGAGAGGUGCCAAGUGAAAGGCCAGUAUGUUGAAAGAAGAGUCGUCUUCAAUCAGCUGACAUCCACCUUGCGCACAGAUGAAGCAUUUAGUCAGAUAGAGUAUUCCCGCCAUCAAAAUGGGUCUAGCCCUUUAAUAGGGACCCAUAGUACUCAAAAAUACUGUCUCCUCACAGCUGUAUGCUCAUUUUGUGACAUUGACCGUGGCAGUAUCCAUCAUGCUGGACUCAGAUGACGGGACAAGAGCUGCCUAUUUGGAUUUUUCUUCUGAACUGAUGAGGCACUUUGUGUCUAGCUGCCCUGCACUCUAUGGAAAAACAUUUUCUGUGUACAAUGUGCAUGCCCUGUUACACAUCCAUGAAGAUGUCUCUCGUUUCAGAUGCUCUUUAAAUGACAUAUGUUGCUUUCCAUAUGAGAAUUAUUUGCAGCAGAUCAAAAGAUUGGUCAGGACUGGCCAAAAUCCAUUAGCGCAGGUGUCCAAACGACUGGUCGAAAUCGAACAUGCCCAGGGGAAUUCCAGUGCACAGUGUAAGGCGAAGCCCAAAAUGUACAUUUCAACAAAAAGGAGAGACGGCUGCUUCCUUUUGAAAGAUGAGAGGUUUGCUUUUGUUCAAGAGAGGAGGGGAGAUGGGACGGUUGUUUGCGAUGUGAUAAAACAGAGACACACUGUCGACCUGUUUGACAAACCAUGUCUGUCAAAGCUCUUGAACAUUGCUUACAUAGGGAAUAGCCGUAGAUUCAAAAGAAAAGAACUCAAGGAAGAAGACCACAGUCGAAAAGUAGCCUGUCUACCUUACAACAAUGGCUCUGUCAUGAUUCCUCUGCGGCAUGGCAUUGAACAUUCAUGUUGAAGAUUGGCAAGUCAAAAAGUUAUGCUUUUUGUCAGAGCCGUUUGGAAUGAAAAUGGGAAGGAAAUGGAGGGGACCAUCCCUGAUGCCUGGGUUAAAGUAGCUGAGAAAACCCUUCGGUGGCCAAAGACAAGGGCAAAAUAUUGUUUUGAAAACCAUGUGGCCCCUAAGGACGACUGGGAUACGUUCCCAUUGUUGAAAGUGAAAUUUACCGCAGAAAGUCUCCAUGAGUGUGAGGAAUAUGAUCAAACCAGCCAUGCUGAACAAAGAUGAAGACGAAGAGGUUAUAGUGAGAAAGAGGAUGAAAAAAACUAAAACUUUUGAAGAUUAUGUUGAAGGAUCUGACCUGUCUGAGGCGACUGCUGAGGGGGAGGAUAAAGAAGAGAGGAAAGGAGAUGCCAGUCCCGAAAUUCCAGUCUUUCCCACCCCACCAAUCAAAAUGUCAAAGAAUGUUUGUUUAGGUUCACCCAGGUCUGUGGGCCAGGACAAGUCAACUAGUCGUACAUCCAGGACUGUGGACCGCGACAGUUCAACUAGUGGUUCAUCAAGGUCCAGGUCCAGGUCCAGGUCCGUGGGCCGGGACAGUUCAAGUAGUUGUUCCUCCAGGUCCGUGGGCCGGGACAGUUCAAGUAGUCGUGUACCCAGGUCUCAGGCUGUGGAGAGCAGGUCCAUAGAUGGUCUUUCACAUGCAAGGUCCAUUUCCAAUAGGGAUGUGCCAACCACAUUCCCGCUGUCAGAAGCAAAGUUCCAGAAAAUCGUACUUACAAAGCUGGUGACUCUCACUGAUGAAGUCAGAAAACUGCAGAGGAGCGGACCUCAAUCUGGAAUUGAAAUAAAGAAGAUGGACACCUUGGAAGAGUUCCAGAGGGCGGAGGCUUCUCUUCUGAAACCACGCAAAUUUGAAACCUUGGUUUGUCAGCUGGCAAGAGUGGGGGGGAGAGAUGUUAAGGACUGUACGCACAAAGUGAUGGACAGGCUCUUCACCAAUCAACUAAUGACCCGAUUCAACAUGAAGGGGAAGAGCAAAAAAGACAAAAUACGAUUUGAAGACAAGACAUUGUUUUCAGCAAUAAAAGCUGCUGUCAUGAAAUGGGACGCCGCUGCAACAGAGACCCAAAUAAAGUCUGCUGCAGCCGAUCACCUGAAACAUGCCCCUGGGAGACUCGGGGGUGGUGGCUAUUAAUCUUGACUUUAGGAGCCACAUUUUGUUAAUUGUUAUGUUAUACUGUUUUAACAACAUUUUAUAGAUUCUUUAAUUGUGUUAAUUUAUAAUUUACUGUUCUGGCUUUUAAGAUUUAUUGUGUUAUUGUGUUAAUUUAUAAUUUACUGUUCUGGCUAUGAAGUUUUGGUCCAGCAGAACAAAAUGGUAAUAAAAAUGUAGUUUGAGAAUUUUAAUAGUUGAUUUCUUGGAGUGGUCAGUUUACAGAAAAAUGGUGAGCAGUUUAUUGCCAUUAUAUUGAUAAGAUAUAAAAAUGCAGUAUAUACAGUACACAGUUAUUCAAUUAAAUAUUCAAUAUUAUCAGUAUUCUUUAAAAUCUUCUUUAGGUCUAUGGUCUGAAGUUUCAUGACACGACAACCAUUAACAAUGAUUAACUGGGUUUUUCUCAGUGAGAACUGCCACUGUUUUGAAGUAAACAUUUUUUACAGUUGGAUCCAUGCAAAUAUGCACAGUUGGGAGUUCAAUGGGUCUUUAACAGUCGUUGACAUUUCUACUACAGAAAACGCGUCUAAUACAACUUUUAGUCUGGCUGCCUUUAGAUGUCAAUUACGUCUUUAAUUGACGUCUAUACAAUGUCCUGAAAAGACGUAUAAUAAACAGUCAUUCUGGCUCCUGUGAGGACGUCUUCUGGAGGUCUAACAAUUAUGUCUUUUAGACGUGUUCUAGACGACCUUUUGCUCGCUGGGGAGGCGAGGAGAGCCUCUUAAAGC